UGGGAUCACACAGACCUUUAAGACCAACAAUGUGAGGUGAAGGCUGACACCUUGUAGAGCGUUGAGGAGGCAAGGCAGGAAGCAGAUUUCAUUAUGGUCAUGUCAGAAAUUCCACCAACCAUUUGGACAUCAUUUUUGAAAGUGUUAAUAGCCCUGGGACUGUGGGAAAACACAUGGCUUUGAAGUGCUUUACACUCAAUGAUCUACUACUGAUCCUGAAUACCUUCAAACAAAGGAGCCAUGUAGAAAGGUGUCUGAUGGAAAAGUAACCUGUCCUUGGUGAGCCCGUUUCCUGAGCGAACGAACCACAGCACUGUGUUUAAGGAGUGGAGGUGACCAUGAUCUCCAUGGCUCUCCGCUCGCUCGUUCUGGUGGCUUUCAUCAUUCUGACCGUCGGUGGGAACAUGCUGGUGUGUUUGGCUGUGGGACUCAGCCGUCGACUGUGGCGCAUCGCUAACUGCUUCGUUGUGUCCUUGGCGGUGACGGAUCUGAUGCUAGGCCUGCUGGUGUUGCCCUUUUCUGCAAGCGUGGAGCUGCGCAGCGGAAAAUGGCCCCUCGGAGGAGCCCUGUGUAACAUCUACAUCUCUCUGGAUGUGCUGCUCUGUGCAUCCUCAAUCCUCACCCUGAUGGCCAUCAGUGUGGUCCGAUACUUAGCCAUUACAGCUCCCCUUAGCUACUCCCGGAGAGUUACCCGUCUGAGGGUGACACUGGCCUUGAUCACCAUCUGGGCUUUGUCACUAGCAGUGUCCUUUGUGCCCAUCCACCUGGGCUGGAACACGGCAGACUAUAGAGUGCAGCACUCGGACUGGGGCAUGGGGGAGGAGGACAAAGAGGGAUACUACUGCCAGUUUGAAUGGAAUAACAACUACGUUCUCGUUUAUACCUUUGGCACAUUUUACCUGCCUCUGCUGCUUAUGUGCGGAAUGUAUCUUUGCAUAUUCAGAGUGGCACGAGAACAGGUGAAGCGAAUUCGUGCUGCCACUCCGUCGUUUGCACGCUCAGCAUCAAAUCAAGCCAUAGCUCGGGAGCACAAAGCUACAGUGACAUUGGUAGCUGUUCUGGGGGCUUUUGUCAUCUGCUGGUUCCCCUACUUCACCUUAUUCACCUGCAUGGGCAUAAAGGAAAAUACAAACCCCCCUAAUACACUUAACUCUGUGAUCCUGUGGCUGGGCUAUUUUAACUCGGCUCUUAACCCAAUCCUGUAUCCAGCCUUCAACAGGGAUUUCCGCAAGGCCUACGCAGAGCUGCUUCGCUGCAGAGGGCCGUUUCGCAGAAAACUGCAGCUCACUCGUGUGUCAAUUCAUAAACGAUUGACCUUUACUAAUGAACAAAUGGUCUCCCAACAGUCUGAGAAACAUAAAAACACGGAUAAUAAUGGAACUGACGCAAAGACUGUCACUCCACAGGAGAGAAAUGGUAUCCCGAGUGAGCCAAGCUGAAUUGCCAUGGACCUGUUGUUGUUCUGCUGGACUGUAAACCUGCAGCAACAUGUUGUAAAUGAACAUGCUAACUAUCACUUAGAUGUUACGUAUUUUGCCAAAGAUAAUGUGUACAACUCAAAACACAACAUUCAGGAUUUCAACACAGCAUUUGUGUUAAUGUUAUUGUAUUGAUAACACUUUCUUUGGCACCAAUGUGGAUAAUGCAUUAUGAAAAUACAAAAACAGGGUCUUAACCUUAUUACACAUUGUUUGAAUCAUUUCUAAUGAUAAAUGCAAUGGCAGUUUAGAGUUAGAAUCACAAUACAGUGCAUUACAUCAGAUUAUAAUGUAUCAUAAGACAAUCAUAAUGUAUUAAAACUAAAGGAAAUCUUAAACACAAUCAUUCAGCGUGUGACAAUGAAGGUUAAUGCUUUAAGCAUUAUAUAAUAAGUUUAGAUUCAUUUAUAGUGUGCUUUUCAAGAUACUCAAAGACACUUUUACGGGGUAAACAUAUUGAGUAUGUUUAUAAUGCAUUAUAGAAAUGGGCGCCAUAGAAAGUGUUACCAAAGUAUUAUAAUGUACAGUACUGAAUUGUCUGUUUAUAAGACAGGUGUAAAAAGCAAAGAAAAAUGUAAUUCAAAAUAAAGGGCAGACAGACGGCAGAGUGGAAUAAAUAGAUGACUCAGUGAUUUUCCUGGACACACAGAUGGUUACAAAGUGUUUCUUUUCUCUGCCCUCAGCCCUGCCAAUUAAAGUGAAUAAGUGACCAGCAAGUUGAUUUGUUAUGUGCAAAAUGUGUAUAUGUUUGACUUGACCUCGGCACGGUGACCUUUAUGACUUCCUGUAUGUUUUUACAGAUUAAUUUCAACUGUACAGAACAGCUGCUCCCAACAAGUCACGCUUGGACGGACACUAUAUCAUUUUUGAUUAAAUACAAUAAA